UGAGCUGUCAGAGUGCAUCGAGUCUGCAGUAGAGGAACAAGCAGAAUCUGUCUGUUGCCCUCAUCUGCCGCUGCAGCACUAGCCCAAACCUCAAAUAUAAAGACUUCGUGGCUAUCUGACUGUUUCUACUCAGCUACACAAACUGCCAGACAAGGACUUAAAAGGAAUUACAUAUCCUCUAAAUCUUGGCUUUUUUUUAUUCUGUUUCUCUUCUGUUUCCUAAUGCCCACGGCAGUGUGGUCGGGGCAAGAGGAGGAUGGGUCCGUCUGUGGAGGCUCAGACCCAGAAGGCCAUGGAUGCAGAACAAAAGCAGCACCAGCAGAACCAGCUGCAGCAUCAGCAGUGCUACACGGAGAAAGGAGUGAUGCUUGAGCCCUUCAUACACCAGGUGGGGGGACAUUGUUGUGUCCUGCGAUUCGGGGAACAAACCAUCUGCAAGCCCCUGGUCCCCCGUGAACACCAGUUUUACAAGAGUCUGCCUGCUGCAAUAAGGAGGUUCACCCCCCAGUAUAGAGGUGUGGUGUCAGUGAGCUUUGAGGAGGAUGAAGAGGGGAACAUUUGCCUCAUCGCUUACCCACUCAGGAGUGACCCAGCUGCAGAUCUUGAGAACCAGGACCCCUCGACCGACUGCGAGCCCAAAAGCGGAAAAAUGAUUUCAUCCUCCGUGCUUGUGGACAGUGAAAAUUUCAGCAAAGAUAGCCGAAGCCGUCACUCUCGCAAAGACAGGGACAAGAGUGUUCACAAGCUGCAGGGGCAUGUGGGGCUGGAGUGGCUGCGGCAGGCUGAGGUGCUUUAUUACAGACUGGAGCACAGUCACAGUGACGCUGUACCCCAGCUCAAACACAACCCCUGGAGUCUCAGCUGUCAACAGCAGCACCUGCAGAGGAUGAAAGAGAACGCCAAGCACCGCAACCAGUACAAGUUCAUCCUGCUAGAAAACCUGACAUGGCGGCAUACACUGCCAUGUGUGUUGGAUCUGAAGAUGGGCACGCAGCAGCAUGGAGACGAUGCCACCGAAGAGAAGAAGGCCAAGAAGAUUAGCAGGUGCCAGCAGAGUACGGCGUCCUCGCUCGGAGUCUGCCUCUCUGGCAUGCAGGUGUACCAGUCUGACACAGGGCAGCUGAUGUUCAUGAGCAAGUUCCAUGGCCGCAGGCUGACAAGGCAGGACUUCAAAGAGGCUUUGUUCCAAUUCUUCCACAGUGGACGGCGUCUACGACGUGAACUCCUCUCUCCAGUGCUGCACAGGCUCAGAGACAUGCAAGCUGCCCUGCAAGCCUGUGAGUCCUACCGCUUCUACUCCAGCUCCCUGCUCAUCAUCUACGAUGGAGCCCAUCGAAAGCACACACGGCAGCACAAUGAAGACAGCCUCUCAGAAGAAGAAGAAGAAGAAGAGGACGAAGAGGUGGAGGUUGAACCAGAAAAGGAAGAGGAGGAGGUGGAUGAAGUAGCAGAUGCCCUUGGUUUUCCUCAUAGCCCUUCGACGUCUAGCGAUGUCAGCAGCAGUAGUGGAGGUUCAGGUGUCAGCCAGGCUCGCUUGUCUCACUUAGACCCCCGCAGCGCCGAGGUGGAUGUGAGGAUGAUAGACUUUGCCCACACCACCUGCAAAUAUUACCAAGAGGACAGAGUGGUGCAUGAGGGACUGGACAGCGGCUACAUGUUUGGUCUCCAGAACCUGAUCACCAUCAUCUCCGAGCUGGAGAACCACAGCACAGACUAAAGACUGACAUGACUCAAACUCAGACUAGGAUGCACAAAAUCGCACACACCUCGCGAGACAAGCAGACGUCUGGACUACAGAAGUGGGGAGACAUUUUUUUGUCUCCACUUCAAAAUAUGACCUUGUUGUAGCUGGCCAUCUAGUGGACCAUGUUCCUGUUUCUGCUGUUGGUGCUUCUUGAUGUUUCUAUUGUGUGUGUGUCCAUCUAUGGGAUGUGAAACAGGCCUGCACGUAACAUAGGAGAGUCGUCGGCGUGGCUGAUUCAGUGAUACACCAUCGUCAUUGUUCUGUUCAACCCAGUUCAUCGUUUGGGGAAAAAAAGGGUAGGCAGCAAAUAAAAUCAGUUUGAAGUCUGAGAGAAGUAGGAGAGACGUUUUCCUUGUGUCUGAAUCCAAAGAAAGUGUCAGCAUUUUGCACACACACACACACACACAUGCACUGAAAAAAAGUUCUGUUGAACGAGUGUGUGUUACCACUGGGACAGGGCUUUGUGAAAGACAUAGUAAUAUGUGUGUGAAGACAGUCAAUGGGAGAAGUAGUCAGCUUUGAUCUGUUCAUUCUUCACCCAAACAGGCUAUGUUCAUAUAGAAGCAGACACAGAUGAUAUAGAGUUAUUUCUUUAUUUGCCAUUUUUCAUAAAAUAAACUAAAAAUGGGAAUGAGACGUGUUACAUUCCAUGUUAUUAAUGUUAUAAUAAUGAUAUUAAUAUUGUUAUUUGACAUGUUGGGAUACCUCUAUCUUGUAUGUUUGUGUCGUCCAGUCUUUUUGGGAAAGAAAUUAAAGACUUGGGUUUGUUCUA